AUAUACACAAUACGAUAUAUUACAUACAAAUUUUAAAUAAUAUAGAGUGAAUUAUUUUAAUACACUCGUAUAUAAAAUAUAGUAAUACGCAAUAGUAAAUUUGUACUAGAUUCACAGUAUGUAUUUUAUAUAUUGGCAAUUAUUAUAACAAUUUUCUUCAAUCUUCUUCCCUCUUGAUGUUUUUUCGCGUUAAUGAUUUUUCGCGCUUAGUCGGUAUUUUCCUCGUCAAGGAAAAUCGAGACCUCUCUCUAUAGGUAACUUGUUAGCCUGAAAUCCAACGCUCGACUAACUCGGUCGAAUAUAUACGACUGACAAUCAGUCGAUGCAAUUCCGUCCAAUUCAACCGUCGAUUGCGACAAACUUGGAUAAUUAAGCCGCUUGUCCGUCAAACUUGCUCGUCGAACGUCGAGCGAUUCCACCGGUAUAAUAAUACGAAAUAAUAAUAACAACUUUUCACGACGAUCUCGUUCAACGGACACGCGUGUAUCGACGAAAGAAGAGUUUACCUUGCGUUACGGUUAGCUGAGUAAGAAAUUUGCGGAUUUAAAUGGGCCGCGGUGCAACAAGUCUCCUCGAAAGAAGAACUUUCCUUCUCGACACGCUUACGCGAUUAUCGCUGACUAAUUAUAUCGAGGGAAAAGAAAUAUCGUUUUGGAAACAAUAAUUUCACAAAGAACGUAUCGAGACGGAAGAGCAUUAGAAGACAAACUGCGUAAAUGGUGAGAGAACGCGUCGCCAUGGGUACCGUGUGUUGUGGUCCGCGCGUGUAGUGCAAACCCCGUGAUCGAAGGGAAGAGACGAUGAGAUGAACAGAGACAACCUAACGGUAACAAGGAGGGAAGAGUGAAAGGUUCGGUUGAAAGAAGGAAGAUAUAGAACGCGUGGACAAGCGUGACCGGCAAGAGUUCGAAAGACUACUCUCUCGUUGCGUUGAAGAGAGGGCAGCAGAAUCGGCGAGAGAAAGAGGAAGAAUAAUGCGGUCUCGUUGUUUCCGUCUUGAUCAACAGGACGUUCGGAUCUGCUCGUAAAAAUAAAAAAAAAGCAAUAAAGCCAGAAAGAUGCGAGAGGAGUAAAAAUAGAAACGAGCACGCGAAAUCGAAUAGAAUGACGAAACUCGAGACGAAGACAAAAAAAUGGGGAGAGAACGCGAAAAGAAGAGAUAGAAAAUUGAAUGAAAAAGUAAGAAAAAUAUAAAGAUAUGUUUUCACAAAACUAUGUUUCCGAAAGAAAGGAUGGAUCGACGGUGUCGUCGCGUAUCUACACGCCAUCUUGACUAUGAAUACAGCUUUUCCUGGUGCAUCGUGGAUACGAUUCGGAGAGAGUGGCACGUUUCUCUCCUGGCUUUGAAAUAUCGUAGCAAACUGUGAUCGUUUCCAAGUAUUCCAUAUCUGUCGAUACACGAACGGAAGAAAUACGUCACGUCGAAACGAGAGAUUUUACGAGGCAUUUGUCAUGGAUGCUGGGAAUGCGUCGCGUUAUACGGUAAAGAUUCCACGGGGAGAUCUAACGAACGGUGAGAUGACUCGAAGAAGAAGAGUGCCACUCGUGUUGAGAGUAUGCACAGGUGUUCUCCUGCUGCUCUUCACCACGAUCGCCGCAAACACGACGGAAGAUCCCCUAAACACCUCGGAGAAACUAUCCACCGAAACUAUCGACCAUCCAUCCGAUGCCACGAUAUCGGCGAGGAACGAAACAAUCCCGAACAAAAUAGCAUCUCGGAACUCGGAAUCGAUAGAGGUCGAGAACGAGGCCGUUGAUCCGUCGAACAACUCGAGCGAUCAAAAAGAUCUGGAAACCGCGCGCGAGAGUAAAGAUGGCGAAGCGGAGAGGGAGGAGAAACUGGCGAUACCAACGAUCCAGGAGGACGCGAAAUUACAAGGAUCGCCCGAUCAACUGGCCAGGUUAUCGACCGCCGAUUCCAACCCUGGACCCAAGCUCGAAGAUUCGAUCUACGGGACGUCCGCUGGGAAGAGUUCCAGCACGAAGACGUUAUCCGAGGACUUUUACAGAUUGUCCAGAACGAAUGGGUUGACCACGGUUACCGCGAAGCCCGCAUUGGAGGAGGGGAAGAUGGAUGGAACGAGGAGCGGGGAAAGAGGCGUUCAAGCGGAACGAUCGAACGUCACCACGUCGUGGCAGGAAUCCCUAAGCAAGAUCCCUAAAUCUUCGAUCGCCUACCGAUUCGGAAGCGAAUUCCCGGAGGGGAAAGGAGACAGGACGAAGGCGGAAGCGAAGAAGAGCGAGGACUCGAGCCUGCAAAAAGUUCGUUUCCUGGAGAAGGAGGAGCGGGAGGAGGAGAGGGAGGAAUCGGGGGAGAAGAGAGCGAGCAAGAACUCGGAAGUGGCGGAGCUGAAGGGGGAGGGCGAUCCUCCCAUCUCGUUGAUCAACGACACGUACGUGAACUACAGCCAUCGUUACAAAACCUCGACGGCCGAGGUCUCGAGAGAUGGUUCCGAGAAUGGGACCAACCUCAUCGAGAGCACCGUCGUGACUCAUCAUCCGAAGGAGGAGGUGGAGGUCGUCGGGAAUGUGACUCAGUCCGCGAUUCAACGGAUCGUCGAGCCGCGAAACUCGACUUCGAAGGACGCCAACCUUGGAAACGUCGAGUCGAGCGGACACCGCAUCCAAGAUCCCGCCAAGGCUAACGAAACCAGCUCGGUCGAGGUUCAACGAGAGGAAACAAGCGAAAACAAUCCGAAACAGAAACUGGUGCAACUUACCACUGGUGCUACUACUCCUGCUGCCACCGCCACGACCACCACCACCACCACCACCACCGAAAGAACGUUUCCAGAGGGAUCUUCGACCGUGACGUCGAGCCCGGUUCCAAGAGGAAGAACCAUAGCGUUCGCGGAGACGAACGAAUUUGCGAGGUCCGAGGUGAGGUCGACGGCCGCCUCGAAGCUCGACACGAGGAGGAACGGCGGCGAGGACAAGACGAAACCUUACCCCUACGCCAAGUCUUCGAAGGAAUCUCCCGACUCGAGCAACCGGCUGGUCGAGGUCACGACGGAGGAGGCGAUGGAGAACACGAUCGGCAAAGGGCGGUCGGAGGAGAAGUUGAUCGUGACGGAGGCGUCGGACGUGUUGGAGAACAGUAUACAGCAACGGUCGAAGCCGACCUACCGCGACGAAGGGAGCGGCAACGAGUCGUCCACCGCGUCGAGCACGAGCCACGUUGCCCUCACCGACUCCAGCACGUCCGUCCCGAGAGGAUCGAGCACCGAGCGAGGGACGGAGAUCCAGGAGAGCUCGACGAGCGUGGGGAACGACGUGCCGAGGUGGAACGACAGCCGCGAGACCGUCUCCGCGGAUGUGACGGGAAACGGGAUAACGGAGGUGAGCCCGAGGCCCGAGGAACCUCGAUCGAGGGACGAGCUACCUUUCCGUGAGGCCACCGAGCCGAGCUUCCGCACCGACCUCCCCUCGGCCGAAAGGAACUCUUCCAUCGAGCCUCUCGUACCCGCCACGGAGACCUCCUCGUCGCCGCCCGUCGCCACCACCAUCGAGCAAACCUUCGUGGCCAACGCGACCGAAUCCUCUCCUCCGCCCACCUCAGACACCAACGGAACCAACGAGAUCCCCGACCAGAGCCCCGCGCCUACCACGACCGCCGUCGAGUACGAGUUCGUCAGCCUCUCCUUCGACCCCACCGAAUAUCCUCCUCGUCCUCGAAACGCCACUACGGAGGAGGCCCCCGUAGAGGAGGAUGGAACGGUCCCCGAUCUCUCUUCGUCAACGAGAAACGACUCGAACGAGCCUCCAACCACUCUCACCCCCCCAGACGAGUCUGACGAUCCUUCCUCCAUGAGCGAGACCACGGAUCGGGCAACCACCGCGUUCGUCCCACCGAAUUGGGCGAUUCGAAUUGGGUCGAGGGACGAGGCCGCCACGACGAGGACGAGCCUCGAAGAGGAGGGGAUCGGUUGGAGCGGGGUGGACGAGGGCGCGAGGACGACCGACGGGUUCGCGGUGGAUUCCUGGAGCACUGGGGAGGAUGAAGGGGAGGAGGAGGUCGCGACGAUCUCGUUGGACGCGAAGGAUACCCGGUUCGCGACCGAGCAGUUCACCCCUAUGUCGAGCGUGAACGUGUCGACGGAUGGAACAGUGGCUCCACCUGCUACUCCCUCCGAGCACUCCAUUUCGAGCACCUUCUCGAGCCCGCCCCGUGGCGUCCCGUCGAGGAAACCGGAUGACGCGUUGCCUCCUCGCCAGGAAAUUACGUGGCUGGUGCGCAUCGUGAUGGAGGGCGGCAGAUACGACGUGUGUCCGAAGAUGGACAAACUGAGGGCGAUUCUGGCGGAUAUCCUGCACUCCGGGAUAAAUAAAUCGGUAUCGGACGAGCAAAUUAUCCUCCAUGAAAAUCCGUGCCAGGAAUCGUCGGAUUCGACUCCGUCGUCGUCGACGGAUAUGACGUCGAUACUAGUUUACGUGGUGGACGAAAAGGGAAAGUUCGACACGAAUAUGACAAAAAUUUUGCCGAGCUUGUACGAGGAGUCGCGUGAUCGAAUCACGUUCCCGAUUAAAAUUCAGAGAUUUCUUCUGGUACAGGAAACGAUUCCGGAUUCCGGAAACGCAGUGGCGGCCAUCGUGGUCUCCUCAGUUGCCUUGAUUUGCCUGGUUCUUUUGGCCGGCCUUCUGUUCAUUAUGAGGAAAAGGCAAACGAGAUUUAACUACGGCGAACGAUGUCGACCAGUGUCUUUGGACGCUUACAGCCUUGACAGUGUUUCCGCGUACAACAGCGUCAGACGCAAAGGAGUGGCGAGGUCUUCGAAAAGGAGCUAUGGGAAUCCGACUUUCGAAGAUUCGAGCGCGAUACCGUCUCACCCGUUGAAUUUCGCCGGGCUUUCAUCUUUCUGUAACGACAUUAACGCGAUCAACGAGGAAUUCGCCGGUAUCCCGCAAGUUUCGGCGAAGAUAGACGAGCUACCCGCUGGAGCGGAAGUGAAGAACAGAUACGCGAACGUGAUACCGCUUCCGGAGACAAGGGUGCUCCUUCAAAAAAUCAACAACGAUCCUCUCACCGAGUACAUCAACGCCAGUUACGUUCGGGGACCAAAGAACGCGACGAAAUAUUACAUCGCUUGCCAAGCACCGAUGGAGUCGACCGUCACCGAUUUUUGGAGGAUGAUAUGGGAGCAGCAGAGCAAAGUGAUCAUCAUGCUUACCGAUCUCGUUGAAAAUGGGGUGGAAAAGUGUACAGAGUAUAUUCCGCCCUCGGAAAUCACCGAUUGCCGUCGGUUAUACGGCGAUUUUCAAGUUACUCUGAAGAAGAGGGAAACCAAAGAAAAAUACGCCAUUUCCACGCUUCAUUUGAACAAUUUGGAGAAGAACACGUUCCGAGAGGUAUACCACAUUUGGUAUUUGUGGCCCGUGAACGGAGUGCAAUCGGACGGUGCCGGGUUGAUAGCCGUGCUACUCGAGGCGAGGGCACUUCAAAGGGGUGGCCCUGGACCCAUUGUAGUCCACUGUAGUCCCGGCACUGGACGCACGGGAACGUUAAUAGCUCUUGACCUAGGAAUUAGACAAUAUGAGAUUACGAGGACUGUGGACGUGCCAAGGGUCGUUUACACUAUCAGACGGGAUCGUGCUGGGGCUGUCAAGACGAAAGAACAAUACGCUUUCAUUUACAAGGCAUUAAAUUUAUACGCGACCAAACUUGCCGGCGGUGUGUUGGAAUCUACGUGAACCACUCGAGAUCGUAAAGAAAUUACCAUUCGUUCGAAUCGUAAUAGAGACGUAAGUCGUGGCAGAGAACUGCUAUAUCCGUGAACGAUAAAUAUCAUUGAAGAUGAUGGAAAAACCGCGAGAUUUUAAGAAUGAACGAAGUUCCGGUGUAACCUGGACAGGAAGAUAUGGUAAAUUGAACGAAGGAAAUUGACUUGUGAUACGUGGACCAUAGCGAAGAUCGUGUUUCGCUUUAGAUUUUUGCUUAGUCCUUUCGAAGACGAUCGUAAGACGAUUUCACGUUAGUAAAUUUAAAAGAACACUCUUUACCAUCUGUUUGUCUAUUCUCCUCGGUUGAUAAUUCAGUAUUCUUUUUUUUUAAAGUAUCGUCGUUGAAUAAAAUAAAAUUUAAAAAAAUUUUUUUGUAAAAUAAUGUUUAUCGUAAUUUAUGUAAUAGGAAAAAAUUUACACAAGUGAUAUUUAUAAUUAAGAUUUAAAAAAAACGUUUUAAAAAAUAUGCAUGGAGUAAUAAGAAAUUGUAAUUUUAUUUAUUUUUGUUUUAAGAUGAUAACGUAAACAAUACGAAAUUAUAAUAAUAAAAUAACGUAUGAAAUUCUGAAAAUAUCAAUUUAUACAAUUUUGUACUUUAAUAAUUAUACGCAUUUAUUAAUUUAUCUACAAAAAUUAGUGUUAGAAUAUGAUAAAAUUAGUAAAAUCGAUUCAAGUUCAAAUUAAAGUAUCGUACGAACCAAACAUACGAAUUGAGCGUUAAGUAUGUAUUUAAAAGAGCAAAUAUUAAAACGAUUACUUUGUUCUAAAUAUCUUAAUUGAGGAGAGAAGGACAAAUAAGAUGGUAACAUGUUGGAUAAUGAAUAAUCGAGAGGCGGGAAUUAAUUUGUGAUAUCCGGACCAUCCGUCAACGAUAUAUUCAACUUUGUAUUUCUUAGGCCUAUUCGAUUUCAUAAAGUUUUUUUUUUUUUAUCAUAAAUUUCGUCUCCUUUUUGUCAAUUUUAAUAUACAUAUAUAUAUAUUAUACAUAUUGCGUAUACAUAUAUAUUUAAAUAUCACGUAUAUAUAUAUAUAUGAAUAAAAGGAUAAUUAGAUGUAGUUGGAUAUUUAAAAAUAAGAUCAUGAAUAUGUCAGUCAUAUGCGAAAGGAUUUAUUCUUUCCAAUCAAACAAGUAUACAGCGACAAUGAAUGACAAUUUGGACGGGCAAAAUGAACCGUGAUGCUUUGUAAAAGAAAAAGAGAAACAAAAAUGAAAAAAAAGAAAUAAAUAAACAAAAUAAUAAUAUUCCCUCGAGAAUUCACCUACGUAUUUAGCGUUGUUUUUAAUCGUGUAAAAAGGAAUAAUAUACAACGUAUGUACUAAUUAUUAUUUAGAAUUACAAUUAUUUACACAAUGUUACUUCUCUAAGGAUCUAGAAAGAUUUCAGGAUCGAUUUCAUCUCUCUUUCUCUUUUCUUCUCCCGGACAAUUUAUAGAUACAUAUUAUACAUAAUAUAUAUAUAUAUACAUUAUUGUAUUAUUGUUAUUAUUGUUAUUGUUGUUGUUGUCAUUGUACAAAUAUUUUGAUUCGUAGCAGGUUGCUCUCUAUAAUUGUACAUAGAAACCAACCGAAAAAUACACCGAGUAAAUUAGUUGUAUUUCGUUAGAUUUUCGUUAAGAAUUUCGUUCGUUUUUUUUUUUUUUUGAAACGUGUCAUUUAAUUCUCGUCGAAUACGUGUUCGUCGCCAGCCGCCAUUUUUCUCACUUUCUUACGGCUUCGAACACGUUCGAGUUUGAAUGCGUGGAAUUAUCCCAUAAAUUUUGUCGGUUUCGUUGAAUGCUCCUGUGAAAAAGCAUUUUUUUGUUUUAUCGCUUGAAAACAAUCACGGACGAUGCGACGAACAUAAACGAUCGGUUUAAUGAUUCAUCGUCAAUUUAGACCGGUUAUUUCUGACCGACGAGACUUGUUCGUGAGCGUGGCUCGAGAAAUGAUUCGAGAUUCUUUCCGCUGAGGAUUAAUUUUUGCGUGAAGCAAGUUUUGUGAUUGAGUUUUCUGCUCGAUAUAUUCGAUAACGAUUUUUUUUUGUUAUUUUCCGUAUAUUUAAAUUAUUGUACGAAUAAUGUGAUUAAUUCCUGUCUUUUGUUAAAAAUAAAUAUUUUGUCUUUUAUCUCUUAUAUGAUAAUUAUAAUUGAUUUUAUAUAUGAACUAAUAUGACUAAUGGACUAAUAUAUUUUUUAAUUUUGAUUUUAAUCUUGAUCUAAAAGAAAAAAAAUAGACAAAAUAUUUAUUUUGCGUGAAUAUUUGCAGAGAACUGACGUAUAAUUACAUUAUGUGCCUAGAAUUUGAAUUGUACAUAACUUAAAAAUUAAUUUAAUUCUUCGUUUAUGUUUUAAAAUUUUUAUCUUCAAAUCUGAAUUAAAAAAAAUAUAUAUUUUUUUAUGUUUAUUUAUCACUUGUCUAAAUAUGAAAAUUAAUAAAAAAAAAAACGUUUAAAAUAAUCAAACAAUUUUAAAAUCAAAUUACAGAAAAAUCAAAAUAUAUGUACGUUUUCACAAAUUUCAAUUAACCUUAAAGCAACUUGAUUGAUUAAAAUACAAAAUAUAUAACGUGUUUAAAGACACGAUUUAAAAAUAAAAAAAGAUAAAAAAUAUGUAAUAAUUAUAAAUCGACAAAAUUUGUGGAAUAAUACAAUGUGUUUUUAUAACACGUUAUGAAAUUUAAAGUAUAGACGCAUUCCCUUAUAAAACCAAAAUUAUCCCUUAUACUCGAAAUCGAACGAUUUGAUUCUACGAAAUGUGAUGAAUAGAAGAAACAUUCGACCACGUAUGAAAAAUAACACCAGGAAUACAGGGUUUAAUUCGUAGUUUCUAUCGAACCCGUUAUUUAGACACUAUAUAGUAGUAUCGAUUAAUUAACAUUUUUAUAGUAUUGUAAUUUGAUAAUUAUAUUAUAGUUGAAAGAAAUAUGAAGAAGCUCGUGAUACUCGAUUUUUUUAAAAUAUUGUCGAACAAAGACGAUAAAAAUAUUUGAGAUGGUGAAAAAAUUUAAUACGCUUCAAUAAGAACACGAACAUCGAAUGUUUAUCGCGAUCGAAAUUAAAUGACAAUGACAAUUUACACGUGUAAGAGCACACAAUUAUUCUCGCCAAUAUUUUAUACAGUUUCGUGCAAAAUCCAUUAUUCGAUCUAAUCGAAUUUUAAUCAAAAUAAUAUAAUAUUUUGAAUCUUUUAUGUUUUAAUAUUGUUAUUCGUGAAAUAUGAAGGAUAUACGCUCGACAUUAAAAUUAAAAAGAUUACUAUUUUGUAAUCAAAAAAUUUCAACUGUUGUAAUUUUGGAAAGAAUCGUAUCGUAUAAUAAUCAACCUGGACUCGAUUUAAACAACAAAAAUUUUUAUCUUUGUUUUACUUAUACUUGAAUUGUGUUACUAUAACAUAUCUUUUUCUGAAAUCACAAUAGUUCGAAUAUCGACAAUUUUUCGAUCAAAAUUUAGUGAAAUUCUUUAAUUUUAGCGUUGAGUAUAAACUUGAUAAUGCAAUUUCAAACACAGAAAUAUCUCAAAUUUAUGAAUAUUCUUAAAUAACAUUAUUGGAAAUAAUAAUUUAAAAUGUCGUUUAAUAAUAUGAAAUAAUUAUGAAAUAAAAUAGCACGUUAUUUCAUAAAUAAUAUUUCAUCAAUAUUUGGUGGAUUUAUAUUAUAUUAUACAUAUUCGAUGCGUCGCUUCUUCGAAAUAAAAAUUUUUUCGUUACUACGUAAUCUUCUAUUCCAACUUUUUCACUCGAAUAUAGUCAGAGAGAUUGUUGCACGAUAUUGUAAAUCACAAUAAUGCAUAAACAUUUGCCAUAAAAUAAAAAAUUAGAUAUAUUCAAAGUAAUUACGUUAGAAGAAAUCUUUAUAAAGAUUUAGAAGUUUACGGAUUAAAAAUUGUAUCUAGAGUAAAAAGAAAAAAAAAAAUUGACAAAGAGAUAGAAAUAUAAGCGUAAUGAUCUCAUUUGCUGAUCAAGCAAUGGAAAUGAAACGUGAAUUCUCGGAAAAUUCUUCGGGGUGAGUGAAGGACAAACUUCGUGCGACGCCAUUGUUAAUUAAGAAAAUGGUUUUGCUUUAUUACCGAGAAUAAAACCUAUUUCCAGCAUAAACAAUGCGACGUAAGCGUUGGAAAAACAUAUGUCCCUGUUUCCUGAAUAGUAUUAAUAAUAAUGGAAGAAUAUGUAAUAUCUCGUAAUUGAAAUACGUUAGGAUUUUUCUCUUACUUAACGAUAUAAUCGCUAAUUAUUAAUUCACAAUCAUUGUGACCAUAUAGAAGAUUCUGUGUGUGUGAUAUCGUGGAAAAAAUUCGGAAAAAUUAUGAUUAAAACCAGUGUUAAUGCGCCAAAUGAAUCUUAUUUAACUAUAUUAAUCGUUAGAGGGUCAGAUUUCGUAUUGAGUUGUUCUUUCAAUGCUGUCCAUUCUUUUUUUUCAAUGUAAUCAUUGAACUUUGUUAAUAUUUUUGAAUGAGCAAAUUGAAACUUUUUUUUAAUCUUUAUUAAUUUCUCAUCACAUCUUGAUUAUUCGAUUAUUCCAUCUAAUUAAAAUGUUUAAAAAGGACACAUUUUACAGAGCAACUCUAUGCGUGUAACAAUCGUACCAAAAAGGAGAAUUAAUGUUUAAUUAUAUAUAAAUGUUCUAAUAAAAAUAUUAUAAGAGGAAUGUGUAUGCUUAAAAAAAAGUUAGAAAAAGAUUUCCCUUCGUAACGAAUCCUUCGAGAAUGAACGUGUAGAAUUAUGAAAAGGAUCAGGAAGAAAUGUGUAUGCCUAUCGACGUAUGUUAUAAAACCAUGUGUAAUUAUACGAUAGAGAUUCAAAAAUUGACGAAUAAAACAUGAUAAUGGUGUUCAA